GAAACUAAUAAUCAUUGAUGUAUGGUUCGAAUCUGAACACGUAAACGCAGAGAACGCAGAAGGGCUUCUCCUCUUUGAUGUAUAGUCUAUUAGGAAAUGGAAUCUACUGAUUCUACUCACAGCUCUCUGGUAUCAAGAUAUUGCAUGGUGGGCAUACUAGGCCACACGCUAUGUGCCGUGGUUAGACCAUUCGUGGGCUUCAUUGAAGCCCAAAUCAUCAGCUUAGCGCUCUGCUUUGGUCGGCAGCAUCGACGCGACUGCUUUCGUUACACCUUUGAUGACAUCGUCCGUCUCGCUAAUACAACUCUUUUUACUAUCAAUGAAAUUGAGGCGUUGCGGGAGUUGUACAAAAAGUUGAGUAAUCUUGUCAUUGAUGAUGGUCUCAUACACAAGGAAGAGCUCCAAGUGGCACUAUUGAGAACUCCAGCAGGCGAGAAUCUUUUCCUGGACAGGGUAUUUGAUCUUUUUGAUGAAAAGAAAGAUGGAGUCAUUGAGUUUGAGGAGUUUGUUCGUGGACUCAGUGUUUUCCAUCCUCGUGCUCCUGUGGAGGACAAAACCGAUUUUGCAUUUAGGUUGUAUGAUUUGAGACAGACUGGAUAUAUCGAAAAGGAGGAAGUUAGGCAGAUGGUAGUUGCCAUUCUUUCAGAAUCCGGUAUACAGCUGUCAGAUGAAGUUCUUGAUACUAUCAUUGAUAAGACAUUCACUGAUGCAGAUGCUGAUAAGGAUGGCAAGAUUAACAAGGAAGAAUGGAAGGAUUUCGUAGUUCGGCACCCAACACUUCUGAAGAACAUGACGCUUCCUUAUUUACAGGAUAUCACAGCAGUGUUUCCAAGUUUUAUUUUCAACACCGAAGUUGAUGACUGAACAAUUUUGGCAACACUACAGUCUACAGCGAGGCAAAAAUCUUGAAAACUGAA